AUCAGCCGCCUAAAAUCCACGGCAGGGAUUUCAAGAGGAGCGGCGGUGGAGGUGGAGGGAGGAGGAGCGUUAGAGCGCCGAGGAUGAGAUGGACCACCACCCUCCACGCGCACUUCAUUCACGCCGUCCAGCUCCUCGGCGGCCAUCAAAGGGCGACGCCGAAAUCGGUGUUGGAGCUGAUGAACGUGAAGGAUCUAACCCUAGCUCACGUCAAGAGCCACUUACAGAUGUAUAGAACGGUAAAGAGUACAGACAGAGGACUACCAACAACAGGAGGAGAGAUGACAGAAAAGGACGAUGAGCAGAACCAAAUUUCUGGCCAUGGAAUCAGUCAUUGUAUUGAUCAUGAUAAUGGUGAAGGAGACAUGAUCGAUGAAGUUGAAGGAGCAGUAGUAGUAGGAGCAGAUAAUGAAACCAACUAUUCUCCUCGUGUUUUCCUCAUCAAUAACCAACCACCC